AUGCCAUAGGUAUAGUAACUUCCAAUAGUAUCUGGCAGAAGACUGAUUUUUCUGAAACUAUGAAUUUAUAUUCAUUGUGUUGGAAAGAAACUGGAGCCAUUUUGUUUUUCUCUCUUUUGCAGAACUGUCCAGUCAGCCCAUGAGCUGGUGCAAGGUUGAGGCAGUGGUGACGAGGCCUGACCAAGUGAGCGUUGUGAAGGAUCUCGCACCUCCUCCUGUCGUUGUUUUAUCUCUCAGUAUGAAGACCGUGCAGAAUGCAAAGACUCACCAAAAUGAGAUUGUGGCAAUAGCUGCUUUGGUUCAUCACACAUUUCCUCUUGAUAAGGCACCACCCCAGCCACCUUUCCAAACUCAUUUUUGCGUUCUGAGCAAACUUAAUGACUGCAUUUUCCCAUAUGACUACAAUGAAGCAGUGAAACAAAAGAAUGCCAAUAUUGAGAUUGCGUUAACUGAACGAACUCUACUUGGGUUUUUCCUAUCAAAAAUUCAUAAAAUUGAUCCAGAUGUUAUUGUAGGCCAUGACAUUUAUGGUUUUGAUCUUGAGGUGCUGCUUCAAAGGAUUAACUCAUGCAAGGUUCCAUUCUGGUCCAAAAUUGGGAGACUGAGAAGAUCUGUUAUGCCAAAACUUGGGGGUCGAAGUGGCUUUGCAGAAAGAAAUGCAGCUUGUGGACGCAUCAUUUGUGAUAUUGAGAUUUCUGCCAAGGAGUUAAUUCGCUGUAAAAGCUAUCAUUUGUCUGAAUUGGUACAUCAGAUACUGAAAGCAGAGAGAGUUGUAAUCCCACCUGAAAACAUCCGCAAUGCAUAUAAUGAUUCAGUACAUCUUCUGUACAUGCUGGAGAACACCUGGAUUGAUGCAAAAUUCAUCCUUCAGAUCAUGUGUGAGCUGAAUGUUCUUCCCCUGGCCUUACAAAUCACAAAUAUUGCAGGCAAUGUCAUGGUAAGGAAUUGUACAUUAUAGAAACGAUUUAACAAAUGUUU